AUGGUCGCAUCACCACCAUCAACCAGCGCUUUUGCCAGACACGUUAUGAACCCACUUGGUUUCACAAAAGCCUACAAUUUCUGGCUGUAUAUCAUCUUUGGCGGCGCAUUCGUAGGCUUCGCCCUAGCUCGUAUGUCCUAUCUCGAUUUCUCGAGAAACUUCUGUCCAGCAGAUGGUGCCAGCCCAGGCGGCAACGGCGCAGCACCCGGAGAAUGCUACUACUACCUCAACUUUAGCCGUUACAAGAUUGGUAUCCUACUGCAUCUCGCUGGUGUACUGCCCGCUAGUCUGUUAGCAGUGGUGCAAUUCACCCCUUUCAUCCGCCGGCGCUGGAUUAUCGUACACCGCAUUGGUGGUUAUGCGGCGCUGCUCUUAUACCUCGUGGGCCUCGCUGGCGCGCUGAUGAUUGCACGAAAUGCAUUCGGUGGUGGUCUGGAUGUACAGAGCUUUGUCGGCGUUCUGGGUUUCGGUUCGCUAGGCUGCUUCAUCAUCAGCUACAUCAACGUCAAGCGACUCCAGAUCGAGCAACAUCGUGCGUGGAUGUUGAGAGGCUGGUUUUACGCUGGCACGAUCAUCACAAGUCGAUUUAUUGUGAUCGUUGCUGCCAAGAUCAUCGCAUCGCAAAACUACCAUAUCGUUUGGAGCUGCGCGAAGAUUGCAGCAACCAUUUCUGAUGAUGUGGACCUCGCAACUUCGUACCCUGCCUGCGCAUCCUUCGUCAACGGCACAGACCCUGAGGCAGUAUCAAGCGUGGCAGCAACCUUUGCCGUCGGGGAUGCAGCAAACACUGGUGCGGCCCUGAAUGUCGUCUUCGGUAUGGCGUUGUGGGUGUCGCUUGCGCUACAUGCCUUUGGUGUAGAGCUUUACUUGCACCUUACGCCGAAAGAAGCGCAAAGGUUACGACAGAUUAGCUACCAAAGACAAUUGGAGGCAGGCCUACGCAACCCUGGCUCUGCAGGGCUUACUACGGACCGUCUGGGAGAUGCGGAAAAAUGGGUACCAGAAGCAUCCAAUAAAGAUAGUACGAGCAUGCAAGCGACCGAGCCGACCGAGCCUAAUAUGGUAACAGAGACGAAGUGA